AUGGCUUCUUCCGAUGAUGAUGCUGACCUCGAUGACGACCUUGAUGCGGAUGAGUCGUACCAGGCCAUCCGAAUUCCCUUGGGGCAUCCGCCAGUGGUGUUCGGGUUGCCCGGCAGCGACCAGCUUCUGCAGGAGGUUAUUUCUCAUUUACAGUGGCGAUCAGGGGAGUGCCACUUCGCCAUGUUCGACAACGGCGAGAUUGGGCCGAAAGUCUUGCAGACGGUGACCAAUCACGAUGUCUUCGUGAUCAUCGUGCGUAACGAUGCUGCAUCCGAGGUGAACUUUUCACUGGUGAGAUUACUGCUGCUGGUGGACGCUCUCAGGGGUGAGUCCCCACACCGACUAACGGUCGUGAUGCCCUGUUUGGAGUACGCUCGGCAGGAUCGGAAACUGAUGGCCGGCGAGGCCAUUGCUCCCAAGCUCAUGUUCCGGUGCAUCAAGACUGCGGGAGCAGAGCGGUUCCUGACAGUGGACUUGCACAACCAGGCGGAAGCCGCAUUUAGCCCACCUGGCAUGGUGCUCGACGAGCUGAGCUCCGACAGGUAUCUUGCAGACUUCAUUCGAAAGAACGUGCCUGGUUUCGAUGAGGAGCACUCUCUCGUGUGCGCCACCAACGGUGGAGGCAUGAAGUUCACGCGGCGGAUGGCAGACAUACUGCGCGUGGGCUUCAUCAUGGCGGAUCGCUUCAGACAGAAGGUGAGCUACAACUACGAGUUUGCCUCGGGUGAUCAGACAUUCCCGACACUUAUUCAAAGUGUUCCUGGCAACCUUGCGGAAGGAGUGGAUCCGAACCUGGGCUUGCAGUUCGUGUUCUCAGAAGUCAUCGUGGCGGGAGCAGGUCUUGUGGAGCUCCUGGCUCUGGGAGAUGUGCGCGUGCUCAGCUUUGCGGACGGGCAGGUGACGAUGAUCACGUCAGGUGCAUAUGGCAAUCGAUCCAUUGCUGUAUCUCCGGCGCUUGCCUUGCGGCCAGAUCUAGAGUACAACAUACGACUGCGCGCUGACGUUGUUCGAGAUCUCGCAGGGAACCCACUUCAGUACUGCAACAUUCUGUUUCGGACAGGCGGAUCGCCGGAGAACUUUGUUGUCUUCGCCCCGUACAUACAAGAACCAAUAGCACCACUUGUUGUUUCUUUCCGCACGAGUCAGCACGGACUGUAUGGGUCUACAGACGACUUGUACCGGUUGGAGCUGUCGGUCGAAAACAGCACGCUUCUGGAUCCACCUUCGCGUGCACUGGAGGGUUGCAGUAGUGUUUUGGAGAUUUCCGAGACCUUUCCAGCACUGCAAGAGUGCCGAUUUGAUGGAGGUCGCUUUAUCCUUACGCUUCAGUCGCCGUUACAGUCAAGCACGGAAUACACUUUCGUGUUGCAGUGGCCAAUCUCAUCUGGCGGAUCGGAUGAGCGGCUGGUGACUUGGAACAUGGUAACGGCUCGUACAUAUGCAGGGGAUUGGAUUGAAGUACAGCAGCUGAUACCAUGGCGGCAUCGACUUGUCGAUCAUCUCCAACUUGUUUUGCCGGGCUCCGACGUUUCCGUGCUUUCUCUUGAAGUUGCACCGGCUGCUGAGGCCUUUGCCAACUCCUCCGACGGUCAGGUCUCAGGCCCUGAGACCCUUCGGGAGUACGACUUCAGCAUUCAAUUCGGUGGGCAGGGCAUGUUGGCAGGUUCCCGCCUGCGGAUCAUUGGCUCUCCGCUCAUCGGAUGGAGCACCGAGGCCUCCCGACCCGUGAACACGAGCAUGCUGACCUCCUUGCUGCAGAUGCCAUGGAACACGCGCUCCGGCCCAUGGAGACAGACCCGAGGCUGUGGCCACUUCUUCCCCGGCGAUUUCCCUGCCCAGACAGCUUGUGAACUCCUGGAAUACAACGUGGGGGGACCUACAUAUGGUAUGGAAUUGAGGCUUCCUAGCUCGGCGGCGACGCUUCUGCCGCAGAGGCCGUACACAUUCUCGCUGUCAGUACCUGGCAUCAAGCAGCCGCUGGCAGCGGCUGUGCGCUGGGAAACGAUUCUGUCACAGAGCGUGGGUGGGAUCUUUCAGCACAGCCCGGUGACAGCCAGUGGCUCCGUCAUGCUAUCCAACACUACACAGGGCAUGUCGCUGGAGGUCCUUUCUAGCACAUACAAGUAUCCGGCACCGAUGGGCAGCAUCCUGAGCCGUGUGGAAAUGGAGCUGAAGCUGGGUGUCUUUGCACCGCCAGGUCCAGGCUCUGUGAUCGUGGAGCUGCUCGAACCCGCAGAGGCUCGAAUGGAGACCUGUGAGCCAAUUGCCGGCAUUGCAAGUCUUGGGGAGAAGCCACCAGCCAUGUCACUCGACGGUACAACCAGUCGCGCAAGCUGGCAAAUGGAAUCCGAUGCCAGCCAGCGCAAUUUUGUUGUUUACCCGCGAGUCGCAUACCGGACUGCUUGCUUGGUUUACAACGGCCCAAGCCCGUUGAUGUACAGCACGUGGAGACUUGCAGUGGAGGUUCUGGUCGGAAGUUCUGCCUUGACCUUUGACACACUCACCUCUUCUUCCAAGUAUUUUGUGGUUCCUGCCUUUGCAUCUGCACAGGUCCUUCCAACCCACCCUGUUCUGGGAAGGUUUCAGAUCCUCCUCAUCCGAGCUGCUAUGCCCGAGAGAGACGGCUUCUCCUUGACGCAUUGGACAAGCUCUGCCCAUCGACUGCAGCUCCUUGCGCCGAGUGGCUUUGCAUUUCCAGAUGGGCCUUGUCCAGGUUUCUGGCCACUGAGCUCUUUGCCACCUGUGCCUCGAACCUCUUGUGUUGCAGCUGCGCCAAAACCUCUUGCAGUAGAUGUUCAGAUGGACUCUAGGGAUGUGGGCUUUCAGCCGGGUGAAAGCUAUGCCUUCCAGGUUUCGGUUGAGAACCCUCCGGAGAGCUUUUGGUCCACCGCAUCCGCAGAGGAGCUCCGUUUGCACGCGUACGGCUGGUCAUUGACGCUGAUCGAGGAUCAUGGCAUGCCGGUUGCGUUGAUGGAGAAUAUACCUUUGGUGCAAAGCUCUGUGACAGCCGCGCUGAGACCAGGUGUUCCUGCUUCCAUCUAUGACAGCUCCUUCCGGCUCUACAAGACGCAGAUUUCGAUUUUGGCCAUCUUCGCCGAGGACCAGCGAGCCGGCCAAGUAAGUAGGGUGCAGGUGGAUUUCAUGCUGCAGACCCCUCUUCGCACGGGCGACUCGCUUGUGGUGACAGCGCCCUCUCUUUUCAGCUGGGUCAUGCCUGCUCAGCUAUAUGAGCCCCUGACGACCAGCAUCUUGCAGAGGUUCCCGACCAUCGAGCCAGAGAUCGACGGGGCUUCGCCGUGGAUCUUACGGGUGGACAUUCAAGGCACCGCGCGAUCCGAAUUAAGCUACGCCAUUGCAGCGGAUGUGAUGAAUCCUACUUCGAUUGUUUGGAAGAAGGUCGAUGCCACCUUCAACUAUUGGCAACUCGAAAGUCUCUACAGAUAUCUGCCGUUCACAUCUUUCGAGAGCCGCCGGGACGUGGGCGUACGGCGCGGGUAUGAUGUGAUUGGAGCUUUGCAGUACUGCGCGGCAGUGCCGACGAGCAGGUUGCGUGGCCACGAGAGCUGGGUGUCCCUGAGCUUGCAACUUGCUGAGCCACUCGGUGUUCAAUCAUGGCGGGAGCCGGAAUUGCCUUCGAUUGUGCGAGUCUUGCUCCCACAGGGCUUUUCCGUUGCUGCUUCCUCUGGACAUGAGAACAACUGCUCCAGCAUCCUUGAGACAAGUGCAGAUCCAGGGAACCCGAGGCUUCCAGCCCUGCAGUUCCCUCGCGAGUACUCCUCCCUGCCCGAUGUGGACAGCCUCCAGUGCGGCACCAACGUACAGAGAAGCGAACUGACACUGUCGUUUCCCGACGUCUCGGACGUUGCCGGGCUGCGUUUGCUGCCUCACGUGGUUUAUGCAUUCCGGCUGCGAGUGCAAUCGCCCAGAUUUGAUCAGAUACGUGGUCAGUUCUGGUCCGUGGAGACUGUGACAGCCCAGGGAGAGGUUCGACAGCGAUGCUCCGUCAGUGCUUGGGAGUUCUCCGACCCUCUACAGGGUGUGUCGACUGUGACAGGUCUGCCGAUGGCGCCGACAUUGGUAGCGACUUUCAAAUUGCAGCUGCAGGGAUCCGCUCUGUUGCAGUUCUCCACAGGCAUCUCCGACAUCUCCCUGGAGCUGCAGGCGCCGAGUGGCUUCGUCUUCUUCCCCGACUGCGCUGCAAAAUGGCCUCCGAUACAGCCAGAAACAGCUUGGCAACUGACGGGCUGCACAGGCAGUGGAGCUGUCGCAAGAGUGGAUGCGCUGCAACUUGCGUUGAGUGAGGCCCUUGAGAUUGGCGUGACAGUACGGAUGCCAGCUUGGAAGGAUCAUGGGCAGACCCAAGUCUGGUCGAUACGGAGUAUGGUGCAGGGUGUUCUCUUUGAAGCCACCGCAUUGAUGGGACCAUCUCUAACCGAGAUUGGAGACGUUCGGCUUCAGCCAUUGUCCAGCAUUUUAUUCCGUGCAGAAGCAGUCAUCCAGUCUGCAGUCCUGAGUUUCGUGCCUGCCACAGAGCUACUUGCAGGCGCUUUUCUGGAAGUUGCUCUCCCGGGCCAGCAUGAGUUCGUCUUCGUGCCCGAGGCACCUUGCCUUUCUCUCAUCGAGGAUCCGCAAUCCUUACUUCCGCAAGUCUCCGAAGUUCAAACUAGCCAGUUCGCUCAAAGCUGUGAUCUGGCUGCGACCUGCACUUGGCCCCAGCUUUUCGAUUGCUGGCAGCAAACUUCUUCGUCCUCACUUCGAGUCCAAAUCGCAGCGGGUUUGGUCCCAGGUGAGCGCUACUGCAUUGGUAUCCAUGCAAGUGUGCCUGAAGGCAGAUCCGUCCCAGCAUUCCCCCUGCGCCUUCAGUUGCUUGACGAGUCUGGAGUGGUCCUCGAGGUUGCCCCUCUCGUGGGGCAAAGCCGUCGAGGUCUUGGUGUGGCCCCGGUUGUGCAGACAUUGGCACAUCUCUCCCUCUGCUACCCUGGCCGUCUCCCGAGCACAGAGCCCGUGGACGUUGCGCUGAGCUUCGCUCUGAGUUCCUUAAUUUUAGCUUCCACUGAUCAGAGGCUGAGUGCACGUUUCUGUCUGUUGGGCCUCGACCUUCCUUCCAAUGUGCCGCUCACCUGCACAGUACUGGAACCGUCGACCGCAAGGGUGACGUGCAGACUGCUGAGCGGAUGUGGCACUUGUGUCUCGCUGGAAAGCAACGACUUGUGGAUGCCUUUUGAGCGGGUCAUCAUGUCAUUUCCAGCUGUGUUGUCUGCCGGCGCUUUCCCGAGUGUGGAUAUGGAGUUGUUGACUUCCUCAACGGGUGCGUCAAGCGUGCUGCAAGGAAAGAGCUAUAUGACCGCAUUGCCCAUCUUGCCAAUUUUGCCCCUAACGAUUGUUGCACCGGUAGCACCGACACUGGAUACCGUUAUUUCGGUGUACUUGGAGAUGGAUUGGCAAGAGAUUGCCACCGGUCCUGUGAGUUUGCUUCUGAGCCCCACAGGUGGAGAGAGUCCUGCCCUGUUGGACGUCUCCCUGCCCUUCGGUCUGACGGCAUUUGCUGGGACUGCGUGCAGCCCCGUCCAGUGUCAGCAAGCCCCACCUGAUGAGGCUGCGCCAGAGCCUGUCCUGCGCUUCUUGCUCCAGAGACCUAUUGGCUCGGCCCGCCGGCUCCGCCGAUUGCAGUCGGUCGCUGUGUCCAUUCAAGACUUGCCUGGCCAGCUACAGGUUCAUCUUUUCGCGACGGCACCUGUGUCAGCGCAGAAUGACUGGCGCUUCGUACUGAGAACGGAGACUCUCAAAGCUCUCGGAGCCAUUGCAUUGCCUGGCUUUGCGGUCGUUUAUCCGGUGUCCUUGGGGGUUCAGACUUCUUCCCAACGUGCUGGGAGCCUGUUUUCCAGAUUUGUCCUUGAAUUCAAGCUGUCAUCUUCACUACCAGCUGGCUCUUUCCUACACAUCCGUACUCCUAGCGGUAUUGUAUCAGAGCCGGACAAGGUGGAGCCCGAGUACUUGUUUGAAGUCGCAUCGCUACCGCCGAGCUGGCUUGACAUGACAAGUGCACUUGUUUUCAGAGCAUUGCAGACAUUGGCAGCCAACGUGGCAUACACUGUAAAUGUGCCUAUGAUCAACCCUAUAUUGAUGCCAGCUUCGAACGAGUGGCUGGUCCAAGUUCUUGAGUCCGAUUUCGCUGAAACCGGACUCCCAAACUCAAUCGGCAGGAACGAAGGGUUUGAAGUGUUUGGGGAGUUCGAGCAUUUUGGCAUUAGCGUGCAAUCUGCAGUUCCUCUGGUGUCUGCACCAGCUCUCGUCCAGUUCAAGUUGAGAACGCCGCUUCCUCCGACGGAGGAGUUGUCAAAAUCUUUUCAACUGCGUAUCACCAACAUUGGUGCAACUGGGAAUGCAAAGGUAUUUGAUCCUGCAAACUGUGUUCUGGAUACGAUACGGACGUCCCGGAGCUUGCCUGCACAGCCAGCUGAGAAACUGCUGCUGACCCCUUACGAUUGUUUGGUGUCCUCCAGCGGUUUGGUUGCUGAUUUGAUGUUCGACCAGCAAAUUCUCGCCAAGCAGGACUACUACUUUUGGAUCUGGAUGCAAAACCCAGAUCAGAUCAGCUGGUUGCAGACAUUCGCUGCAAGCACCAUUGCUGGAGAUCAGGUUGUGCAUCAGACCUCCUUCUUUUCCUCGGCCCUCCUGACGCUUCGCGGGUGGAUCACACCAGGAUCACAUGCUGCAGGGGCCUCGCACCGUUCUGUCGUUAGCAUCUAUGCUGGUCGCAGCCUUCGGGGCCAACGUGGCAGCAUCGAACUGCAGCUCCCGCCAGGGUUUCUCGCCUCUUGCCAUGACUUCAGGCCCCGUGGCGCCCUGCCCGCCACGGCCAGGUGCCGAAGCCUUGAGUCAAGAGUGCAGGUCUACUGGAGAUCUUUGUUUGGCCGCUCAGAACUGAGUCCGCCUUAUGAGUUCGCAUUUGGGCUCACGAACCCAGCUGUUGGACUACCAGGAGUCUGGACAGCCACUAUCUUCCAGGGCGAGAACCAAGAUUUCGCUGUAGACGCUUCUGGAAGCGAAGGCAUGGGUGGCUUUGACGUCUGCGAGCCCAUGGCGAAUAUCAGCCUACGCAGGGAGGACGCCUCCGUCAUAUCCUUGGUGCUGUCGGUGGGAGCGGAUGUGCCUGCAUCCUUUGAUCUGCUACUCAGAGUCGAGCUGCGUUCGUCGCUGACCGCUCAAGCUUACCUGCAGUGCCCAGAGACGUCACUGUGGCAACCACGCGAGAAUCUGCAGAACCACAUCAGCGCUACCGCACAGGGUUUGCCACGCUUCACGACAUGUGUUGAGGAGCCUGGCAGCGAUUUGGAGGAGUCGGAGUACACGAGAAGUGCACGGCAGCACAGCUCCGCCGUCCUCUUUCUCUUGCCCUAUGCCCGGUUCUACGGAGGAGGUGAAGCCUUGGCCCUGGAAGUUCGGAUGCGCCGCGAGGCCGAAGGAUUUUCGGUGCUGGAGCCUUCCAUGGUGGAAGCAGCCUCGGAGAUGGUGAACGUGAACUUGGAGGUGAUCCAGUCCCAGCUCAAGGCCGGUGGACGUGGCGAGGUCAAAAUCAUGUUCGACGCGGAGAUGCAAAGCAUCAACGAUGUCAUCAUCAUCGAUGACAUGUUCGACACGUGUGGUAACCUCGUGGAGGUCGGCCGAGCUCUUCACACACUGCUUCCGUCGGCUCGACUCUAUGGCGUCGCUCCACACGGCUACUUCUCCGGAGACACCGCUGACAAGGUGAAACAGCUCGUGGAGGAGUGUAACUUGCAGUGGGUUGCCGUCACCAACAGCGUAGAUCAAACGGCAGCUCUUCAGAGGUUUGCAGCCGCAGGCUUGGAAGAGAGGAUCAAAGUAAUCGAGAUCUCCAAGUUAUUGGCAGGCCGGUCAAUGUGCACAGUGUCUUCAUGCUGUGCAAGUUCUUACGCUUAG